GGCGGGGGAGCGGAGCGCGGCGAGAGGGGAGGGCCGCGCCGCCCAGAGCCCGGCGCUCCGGAAGUGAAGCGGCCAGACCACUGGCUAAUGGAUGCGGAGAGAAGGGUCCGCUGACCGCUCUCGGCUCCAGGGGCAGCUUGGCUUGGCUGGAGCUGAGAAGGACCCAGACACGCCAUUGUGUGGAGUUGAGUGACAUCUUGCUGCACUAGAAGCAGAAUAAAUAAGCUCCUUGACUCUUACGGAACGUUGGAACACAUAAACAGGAGUCCAAGCCACUCUUCUGUGAGACUUCUCUCCAGGAGUCCUGGGUGCCAGAGUGGAGGCGUUUCCCCACUGACUAGAGAGAGGUGAGGCCGAGGCAGCAGACCCAGACAGUGUGAAAGCAGCUCGCACAGGUGCCUCCGUUGGUCAGAGAGGGUCGACACCACCACGUGGCUGCUGGCAUCCAGGAGAGAAACAGCAGCCACAGGACUACAGAGCCACAGGCAGUGGCACUGUCGUAACCGAGACACUAAUCACCCACCUUGGGUCAGUUCUAGAGACAACUGGAAGUGCUGAGUUCUUGCCACUGGAAAAUUAAGGGUUACUGGUCCAGAAGACUUUGAGACUGUUGUCGGAGUGACCUGACCUGAACCCAUUCACUCGUGGGUUAUAGUUUCAGGAGCUCAUCCAGGAUACUUUAAAUCCUAAGGCAGCGCCUGUCUGUGCCACAAAUUGGUACCUGUAGAGUUAGAGCAAAUAAAUACUCGUGACGAUGGCACUGGCGCUAUUUGAGGACUGGUGCCGGAUAAUGAGUGUGGAUGAUCAGAAGUCAUUGAUGGUUAUGGGGAUACCAGUGGAGUGUGAUGAGACUGAGAUUCAGGAGGUUCUCCAGGAGACUUUAAAGUCUCUGGGAAGGUAUAGACUGCUCGGCAAAAUAUUCAGGAAGCAGGAGAAUGCCAAUGCUGUCUUAUUAGAGCUCAUGGAGGAUAUUGAUGUCUCAGUGAUUCCCAGUGAGGUUCAGGGAAGGGGGGGUAUCUGGAAAGUGGUCUUUAAGACCCCUAACCAGGACACUGAAUUCCUUGAACGACUGAACCUCUUUCUAGAAAAAGAGGGGCAAACAGUCUCGGGUAUGUUCCGAGCCCUGGGGCAUGAGGGAAUGUCUCCGGCUGCAGUGCCCUGCAUAUCACCGGAGUUAUUGGCCCAUUUGUUGGGACAGGCAAUAGCACAUGCCCCUCAGCCCCUGCUGCCCAUGAGGUACCGGAAGCUGAGAGUGUUCUCAGGGAGCGCUACUCCUGCCCCUGAGGAAGAGCCCUUUGAAAUCUGGUUGGAACAGGCCACUGAAAUAGUCAAAGAGUGGCCAGUGGCAGAGGCAGAAAAGAAAAGGUGGUUGAUGGAAAGCUUGCGUGGCCCCGCCCUGGACCUCAUGCAUAUAGUGCAGGCAGACAAUCCAUCCAUAAGCGUGGAAGAGUGUUUGGAGGCAUUUAAGCAAGUGUUUGGGAGCCUGGAGAGCCGCAGGACCUCACAGGUGAAAUAUCUGAAGACCUAUCAGGAGGAGGGAGAGAAAGUCUCAGCCUACGUGUUGCGGUUAGAGACUCUGCUCCGGAGGGCUGUGGAGAAACGGGCCAUUCCCAGGAAUAUCGCAGAUCAGGUCCGCUUGGAGCAAGUCAUGGCGGGGGCGAGCCUCAGCGAGAUCCUGUGGUGCAGGCUUAGGGAGCUGAAAGACCAGGGACCACCCCCCAGCUUCCUCGAGUUAAUGAAGGUGAUCCGGGAAGAGGAGGAGGAAGAGGCCUCUUUUGAAAAUGAAAAUAUUGAAGAGCCAGAUGAAGGGGACGGCUAUGGCCACUGGGAUAACGAGGCGGAUGACUAAAAGCCGACUCAAAGCAGAACCUGUAGCCUGUGGCCUGGGGCUAUUUGCUUCACCAGGCCAAGACCUUUCCCAUAUUAUUUUCUUUAACAAAUGCAAUUGAAAUCAAGGCGUUCAAGCCAGGUCUUGAUUCUUUCUAAGAAAAAAUUAUCCAAGAGUUUCUCGAACCCUUCAUAGAUCACCAAUAAACAAAAGAUUAAAUUUCAAAUAUGACAUUAUAAGCCUAAAGGAAACUUCAGGUUUCCUUUAAAUACCCGUAAGUAGACCAAAGUUUACCCAUAUCACAGAAGAAAGAAUUGAUGUGAUAGGAAUAAUUCAUAAACUUGAUAAGAAUAAUUCAUAAACUAUCUAAAAAUCUAAGUUUUUUGACUUGUCAGGUGUUUUCCUUUCUCAAAUCGACAAAUUUCUACAUACCUAGCAGUGUGAGGCACUGUUCAAAGGAGGUAACAGUCAAACAUCUAUGGCCGUGAUCUCAGGGAGCCACAGUCUCAUUGAGGACAUGGCCUCCACAUGUGGAAGCUAAAUGACCUGAUGUGUAAGUACAAGGCCAGUAGAAGCCAAUAAAAGUGUCUAGUGUCAUUGCCAAAUGAAUACAACCAUCUCCGCCUACAGGCUUCUUUCCCUCCUUCCUUGGGAAGCCCUACUCCCAUUCCUCUGCUGGGUGUCAGAGAGACAGUUCCAGGCACUGUGUUAGGCCCUGAAGACACCAAUGACCAAGACUAAUUCCUGUUUUCUAAGAGGUUCACGGUGUGAGAGGCAUCCUCAAGAAAGGGCAGACAUUACAGGAGGGCAUGCUGGAGAGUUUGGAGUUAGCAAACGGGCUGGUCUGGUUAGAGAAGACUCUUAGUGGCAACAGAGGGCAAAGAAGAGAGGAGGAGAACUCACGUUUAUUGAGGACCUAUGCUCUGUGCCAGGUAUUGUGGGCAUGUCUCAUUGAAGGUGUACAGCAACCCCGAAGUGGCAUAAUUUUGCCCUUUCUGAAAGAAAGAAGCUGAAGUUCUGAUGGGUUAAGUGGUCUCCAUAUCAAAUUACUAACAAGCGACGGAGCAAAGAUCGGGGUCCAGAACUCUCUGGCUCUUGCUAAUCCGCCCUCCAUCAUGAUCAUGGUUUUCAAAUUGUGCAGAGAUUUUUCAGCAGUUCUAUCUUUUAAAUGUAUUUUAAACUCUUAAAUCUCUAAUAAAUAACAAAUCGACGCAAGUAUAGUGAUAUCCAAAUAUUAAAACCUAGACAAACAUUCACCAGCAAGCUCACUUUUGUUUCCAAAUUGACUCAUUUUGUGCAGACCUUGGCUAAAACGUUCCCUUGCAAAAUAUGAGCACAUAUCCAAACUUCUCUUAAGGUUCAUCGAUUAAGGGAGCUGUAACACCUCAUGGGUGUUAAAUCAGGCCCAUGUGUGUCCUGUGAGGUAAAGUGUACAAGCAAAGCAUAAAUGAGCACCAUUCGGUGAAAUGCUGGUUGAUGUAUCUCAUCCUGGUAGCUUUGUGUAUACCACAAACAAGUUGCUUAACUUCUCCAAGCAUCAGUUCCCUCAUCAGAAAAAUGGGAAGAUAACAGAAUAGGGCUGUUAUGUUAGGAUGAAGUGACAUAAUGCCUUUUAAGCACUUAGCAUGAUGUCUGGAAGAUAGCCCUCAAUACAUUGUAAGACUCAUUAUUUUCAUGAUGCUUACGGGCUGGUCUGCUCAAUGCAUGCUCUCUUUACUGUUCUAACAGUUGUGCAGUAACAAGUAAAUAUAUAAUCUGUCAGUCAAGUUGUGACAACAUUGCAUUAGAAACCGUUUUAGUUCUUAUGGUAAGUUUGAGUGUUUGUUGUCUGUUAUUUUGUGAUAAGUAUUCCAGCAAGUGCUGACUAUUCUUAGUGAUUCGACUUUGAAACAAUAAAUUAUUCUUUCUGGUGGUGGAUAAUUUUAACUGAAGAAUAUCCUGAGAUUGUAAGAAAAGCAUUUUUUUAAAGAUACUAUUUGUGAUCAUUUAUCUGUUAUAUUUUUCAGUACUGUUCAACCAAAAUGAUACAAUUAAUCAUCUAAUACAUCUUGAUUUCAUGUGCUUUUGAAUUCAUGAAAAUGGUCUUCUUGUUCUUAUUUCUUGACAGUAUAUAAAGUAAAAUGUUAUAAAUGUGAAGUCAUAAAAUAAAUACAUGCUAAUAAAAUUCUGAGUUUUUCCUGUUUCA